UAGCGCAAAGAGCCAGCGUACGUUAAAAUUUGAGAUUGACAUCAAACGUAAUGGACUCCAGGAUAGGGAUCCUUGUAGUCUGGCUGAUACUUGGGGCCUCGCUGGCCAUUUACCUCUACACACCUUUCCCCGAGAAUGCUAAGCAUCCAAUUAAACAGAGGUUUUCACGAGCAAUGGUCAGACUCAUGUAUGAUAUUGCUGGCAUUGGAAGCAGCCUCGGUUUAGGAUCAGACGUCAACAUCACCAGACACGUCUCUGCCGCAAACAAAAUAUUUUCACGAGAACCUAAUGAUGGGUCGCUGCAGAUACGAGAUGAUUAUUUUGACGGAGUCCAAGUCCGGGUUUAUACACCUAAAGGUCUCUCUUCAGAGUCUUCACCUGCUCUAAUCAACAUUCAUGGUGGUGGAUGGGCGUAUCUAGACGUGGAUGAUUACGAUGCAUUCUGUCAACGGGUUGCAAAGCAUGCAAAUCUGGUGGUGGUGUCAAUAGAGUACAGACGCGCACCUGAGUACCCAUUUCCAGUCCCUCUUGAUGACUGUGUAAAAGCUGUAAAAUAUUUCUUGAAAAAUGCAGCAAAAUACAAAGUGAACCCGACAAGAGUUGGUUUGACAGGGGACAGCGCUGGAGGAAACCUUGCUAUGGCGACUGCCCUUCGACUCCUGAAAGAGGACACCCAGAAGUUAAAACUACUCAGUUUGAUGUAUCCUACACUACAGGCCGUCGAUCUGAAUCUCCCGUCAUAUCUAGAAAAUCCAAAUCGUCGAAGUACGUCAUUUUGCAUGAAGGAUACCCUUAUCCACUGCAUGCAACUGUAUGCCUUUGGACAUGAACCGUUAACUAGUGCUAUGUUAGAAAACACCCACAUAUCAGAAGCAGACAAAGCUCAAUACUCCAAGUAUAUCAAUGUUAAAAUGUUGCCAUCUAAAUUUCAAAAGACUGUUGCACCUGUGAAAAGGUCUUUGCCCACAUCCAAAUCAGAUGUUGAUACCAGUGUCUUUCUCAAUCCGUACUUCUCGCCAUUAUUAGCCGCCGAUGAUGAUCUUAGGAAGUUACCUAAAACCUACCUCAUGACGGCUGAUUUUGACGCUCUUCGGGACGAUGGAUUUCUGCUAGCUAAGAGAAUGAAGUCUUUGGGAUUAAAUGUUGACCAUGAGCAUAUGGACGGACUAGAACAUGGAUUUGUUUUGUUUUUCUAUUACGAGAGUGCUCUAGAAUAUAUAGAAAAUUAUUCAACAUAUUUAAGAAAACAUUUAUGAAUA